AUGCCCGUGACUGAAGUACAGGUAUUUUUGAUUUGUUUUCGUCAUUUGCCUCUAAAAUUUUCCCCAGACCUAGCCAUAUAUUUUUUCAAUCCUUGAGGAAUAUUUUGAGUUAAAACAAACGCAUAAAUCGACUAUUUAGACGUGUAUUCAAUCAUUUCAUUUUUGUAGCAUACCAUGACAGAAUUACUGCCUAACUGACUUUAAAUUAUUGAUUUUAAUUUUCAGUGGAUCGGUGCCAGUUGUGGACGGCACAGCUCAUAUACCUUCUACAGAGGAUUCAGAUUAAUUGCCGAUGGAGUAGAGAAAAAUUCUGCCUGGGAGAGUUUUUAUUUUGUGAGGAAUUCCACAAAUCAACCGAUAUGCAUAGCUGAGCUACAAUUAGUUUGGCACGAUGCGAGUACUGACAAUCAACUCGCUUCCGCGAGACUUUAUUUCAGACCCGAAGAUACUCCGAUAGGUCGCCUUCCAAAUCACGGACAGGUAACUUUUUUAUAAAUUUAUUUUCCCGGCAUUUUAAUUUAUUUUUUGCGCUUAGAUUUGGCGUUUUGAAGUCCCGAAAAGAGGCGGUAGUUAACAAAUCUGAAAACGCUAAAAAUUUGUUUGUUGAAGUUAUAAUGCUUCAUUGAUUUUGUGAAGACGUUGUUAAAAGUUCGCUUCGUUACUGGGUUUAUUUUAACCGUUUAUGGCCUCAAAGAUUAAAAAAAAAAUAACGCUUUUAUUAUUUUUUUAACUUAUUUCGCAUUAAUUGUUAAAAUUUCAAGCCUUUACGAAAAGAAAUCAUAGCGCUAUAAAACGGAAUAUUUAAGCCCAGUGUGACACGCUUUUGUAGUCUAUCACUUGUGUGUCCUAUAUUUAGAUGAAUAUUUAUUAGACCUAGGAAAAAUAAUGUGCCUAAAAUAUUUUGGUUUUUUUAGUAAUGAUACUUAAGUUCUAUUUCACUCAAGUGUUACUUUAGAGAAAAACGGGUCGAUAAAUUGAAAUUUGGCCUUUUGUUUCUAUAGCGCAGGGCGAGGAAGUUAAAGAAUUCCCAUGUGCUGUUGAACUUCAUUAAAUUUCAUUUCUUAAUUUUAAUAAUGACCGAGCUGAUUUCAUGGUAUCUUAAUUGGCUCAAUAAGCUGUUUAAAAAAUUCAGCACGUUAGCGAUUUACUCGUUAACUUUUUCUGUGUGUUUUGGUUACACUGUAGCAUUUUAUAAAGAACAGCAUGGCCGUUUCUUGUAAUGAGGUUUUUACGACACCACUACGCAAUUUAUAUUCAUGAGGUCAUAUCAGUAAACAACGAUUUUAUUCAUUCCGCUCAGCGCACCGUACACACAAACCUAAUUUCGUUCUUCGAGUUAUAUGUGUAAACUUAAUUUUCAUCUAGCGACAUUUUUCACUAAUAUUUAAAUAUUUAAAUUAAACUCAAUAAUUUUAAGCUAUAAAGCAGCGAGCGGUGUUUUGACAUGAACAAUAGAGAUUGAUUUGCAUUUUCAGCGCUGCAAGUCAAAUUCACUCACGACGUUUCCGGUCAAAAGAUUGGAUUUCAGUUGGUUAAGCGUAUUUUAUUUUUUUAGCGAUUAUUUCGAUUUCAUUACAGUAUUUUGGUUUUUACCAAGGCGAGUUGAAACCUGUUUUCGUGGUGCACUUUCGACCAGAAAAUUAUCGACAUUGUAUUUGUUAAAAGAUGGCACCUACUAGUACCUUACGACAGAUGCGUAUUAACGAAACACAAUAGAAAAUAUUUAAAUAAAAAUAAUAACCUGCCUUUUAGCUUUAGACAUUAUGUUAAUCGGAUUUUUUUACUCCCCUCUUUCUAACUGUUUUCGGUUCCAUUUCGUGGUCUAAAAAUAUUUAAUUUCAGUUUUGCACUGAUUGGAAUAAUUUGGACCCGUUUCAAUUGUUUUUCAAGCAUUUGGUUGGAGAGCGGUACUUGUAAACAAAUUGUAACCACAUGGUUUUGAUAUUAAUUAGAAUUAGAAUCUAUAGAUUGUUUUUCUAGAGUCAUUGUGACAUGGAAUAUUUUCCGUCUUCAGUUUAUAAACUGAUCGGUAAACUGAAUUGUUAAUUUUAAUUGAUGUCCAUUUCAAACCAAUGUUCACAUUCACUUGUAAAUUUUCCUUGAUUACUUUACCUUUCCAUCACGUCAUCUUUUAUUCAGAGAUUAAAGAAAGCUUCUUACCUUAGUGCAUUUUCUUCAUUUUAGAUUCAUAGAGUACUUUUUUCAUAACUGGAUCCAACAUCAUUUACUUCUUCUCUACAUUCUGUCUUUUUUUGUGUGUGUGGUAGAGCUGAAGACAUAUAUAAUGCCACAUCUGUUUUGUGUCUAGCCACAAUUCAGCAAAGUUUGUCAUUUAGUGUCUCCGUGAUCCAGCAUGCACAUGAUGAAAAGUAGCUUAAAAUGUGUCUUCUAUUUGUUUAUGAGAAAUUUUCAGUUGCGUAAAACCCUCAUUUUGCGCUUUCUUUCCAACUGUGGAAAAAUAAUUAAAGAAUGAGUGGAAACGUUAACGAUAUUAUUAACUGUUCAUUGAAUUUUUAUGCGUUAAUCACACUGUGCUACUAAGCUUUUUGACAAGCAUAAUUUAAUUCUUGUAAUUGGAACUGUGAAAAUUCCACUGAUGAAGAGCUAAGCCAAAAACAAUAAUUAUUGGACAUUGGAAAAUGUACCUCAACAUGUCUGAAAUAAUUAUUUCUUGCGACUCCAAGCAAGGGUUAAAAAAACAGUAUUUUUAGGCCAUGUAAACUUUGGAAAAUUGCGUGUCUGAAUCAUCAUUUGUUAUCUCCAAGGUUAAUGGGUUAAAUUAAAUUGAGCAUUCAGCACGUUCCCAAGUAGAUGUCUUCCAAAAGAUGACUUAUCAUUUAUAUUGCUUUUUUCAGAUAUUUUUUAGAUAAUUUUGUCAAGUUAACCAGAAUAAGGUUUUUGCACCCUUUUAUCACCCUAAUGCACCGAUCAGUGUUUUCCUCUGGUGUUCAUCAAAAUAGUAUGUUAAUAGUAAUAUAUUGAAAAUAGUUGUGUGUAUAGGGACUUCAAAACAUUCUGUUUUAUUCUUUGAACAUUUGAGGCAGUUAACAGCGUCGAGAAGUGUAUUGUUUUCAGAAUACUAUUUCGAUAAUAAUUGCAAUAAGUGCUUGACACAGUUCAUCAUUUCAUAAAGAAAAAACAGAGCAAGUAAAUUAUUCCUCUACACUUGUGCCCAUGAAAAAGUAGCGGAUUUUUAUCGGCCAUGUGUUAAUCAAGUUAUUAUAUUUCAGAAGUAAGGAGAAACUUCUCGUUCAACUUGCGACAUGAGAAUGUAAAACUAAAAAUGGUACAUUACCUUAACCUUGAAGGGUGCAUGCAUUGUGUAUCUCUCUAAAGAGUUAUAGUUGUUUUAAAGCUGUGUUUAUCUAGCAUCUCUUAAAAAUAAAUUAGUGGAUCUACUUUUUUCCAUUUGUUCUGAAAAAGGGACAGUUUUAAAUACUGUUUCUGAAAAUGCAUUAACCCCUUAAGUCCUAAUAGUGACCUACAUCAAUUUUGUCCCAGCGACGACAUCAAUAGUUUUUCAAAAGAGUGGUUAUGAGAAUUUAGUUUAAUAGAUGAUCAUCAAACGGAAAAUUCUUUGAUCUUUUAUAAAUUCUCUCAACUAAUUCCUAAGAAAAUGUUUGGAGAUUAGCCAGAAGAAGUUAGAUAUGAAUUUUGGGACUGAACACCACAUCUGUACAUAACAUGUACAGCCUGAGUAGUGACCUUAGAGAGCAUAUGUAAAAUUGUGGGUUGAAUCUGAUUUUUGUCCUUUGUUUCAGCAGAUACGGUAAAUCUUUUGUACUCUUCAAAGUUAAAUCCCCUAUAACAGUGAUGACUGACUGUAUAAUUGGCUCUGCAAUUAUCAUGUUUCAUUGUUGUACAUAAAUUUAUAAAAAAUACAUCUGAGCCCAGUUGUUCGAAGGCCAAUUAGCGCUUAACCCGCGGUUAACAUUAACCCUGGUUUCCUUUUCUUGUUUUCAAAAGCAUUUUCUCUGAUAAUUUUCUCUGUUAUUUUUAGAGCUGCCAAUCAUCAACUUGUAGACAAAACGAACUGAAACUGAAAUGCUUUUUAAGCUUUCAAAUCUGCAUUCAAAUCUCACACUAACCCUGGGUUAUCUUAACCCAGCUUCAAACAACUUGGCCCUGCAUCCCAAAAUACUUUCAAUGCCUGUUAAAGGUUUUGGAAAAGGAAACUUCACAACUAGUCUUCUAGUCUUCUAAACUUCUAGUCUUGCCUUGUAUUGCUAAUAGAACUGAAUAUGUUUACAAGAUUGUGUACCAAAAUUACUUGAUCAUUUCAUUUUUGCCAUGCUGCUUGCCUGAGUUAAAUAUUUUUGAGUCUUUUGUUGACCUCAUUCCUUGGUGUAAAUUGUGUGUGCCUUUUUUGUGGAGCGUUGAUAGCGUAUAUACUGAUCAGCUAAACAGGGAACGCUAACAAGAAAUACCCAGUCUGCAUUGUUGUUAACAACAUCAGUUACAGUAACGUUCGAAAUGUGAGAAGUGAUUUUAUCACCAUGAUUCUAAGAAGGGUACAGUCAACUCUCUCUUAACGGACACCUCUAUAAGACGGACACCUCUGUAAAACGGACACCUAGAGUUGGUCCCUGCCUUUCUUUACUCCCUUUAUUUGACGCUCUAUAAGACGGACACCUCUCUAAGACGGACGCUUAGUGCGGGUCCCAAUGGUGUCCGUCUUAGAGAGAGUUGACUGUACAUAUCUUUCUAGUCACAGCAAGCAGGUGCUCCGUCAAACGCCAGCAGAUAGCAGCAACAUAAGCCAGCCAAAUCUGUGUUAAGCAGCCUUUUAGUGAAUGACUGCCCUCCUUAACAGAUCAUUUGUCUAGAAGUUCUUCUUUUAAGAUCACAGAAAUAUUAGCCAUUCUGGCUACUCGUAAAUUCGAAGAAAAAGUUUGUAUCUGGCCAAAUUUUCUCAAAAUUUAAGCAUACAUUGAAUCCUAGGUCAUGAGAAUAUUAAUUUCUGUUUUAGCUCAGUUCUGUGCUAAAGUCGUUACUAAAUUAGUGCCGUUAUAUCUAUACACAAUGCUCCUGUAGGGUUAUGAAGAUGGUUAUCAGACCAAAUUUUUUGCAGGCAUAGCAAAAUAGGUCAACGUUUUCAAGUUUGAAGGGUCUGCUUAGUCCAGGUUUUAGUGAUGUACAUUUUUUGUGGAAAGCAUUCAAUGCAAUAGUUCUAUACACUGAAUUGUAUGGUAUAUAUUCAGGUUCCCCAAAACAGCUAUUUUAGAUGAGUGUGUCCAUGGCAACACAGAGAUGCCAUUGCCAUUUUUACAUUUUCUUAAAUUGUGAGAAAUGGAGAUGUUCAUUUUUGAAGUUCUCUCUGUGCUUCUAGUUCAUAUAACUCUCUUGAUUUUUACCAGUUUUAAAGAAUUUUCAUGAAAGCAGCAAUUGUCAUUUUCAUUUGUUUGAAAUUUUUCAUUUCUACAACAAAACAAAUCAUAAACGAUGCUAUUUACAUCUCCACAAAUAGACAUUUACCUAGUCUGUAGGAACUGAACUUUGGCUUUAAAUUGUCUUGAUAGUUUUUGGUAAUCCUGUGUAUAAAUAUGAUUGUAAUCACUUCACCCGAUUUCUAAGGAUGGGAACAUAACAUUAAACAAGAAGAUUUGUGUUGUUAUUGUGGGGAGCUCAAAUUUUCUAACAUAAAAAAUACAGGGUGCAAAGCUUAAGUUGUCCCAAAAAACAUAAGACUCUUUAGUCAGUCAAGGACAAAGGGAAGCCACCAGGGCUACUGAGGCUACCAGCACUGUCACAGCCUUCGUCCUGGAAUGUAAAAGGAAAAGCCCAAUAUAUCUGUCAAAAUAUCAUUUAAAGGCUAGACAUCGAGACUAGAUCAAUUUGAAUAGAUGCUUAUAUAAAGAUGUAAAUGCUGAUCCAAGAUCAAUAAUAAAUUAGCAGCAAAUAUUUACUUUUCAAACAUUGAGGAAAACCAAAAAUGAUUUAGAUUGAAAGUGAAAGCAAGAAUCAGGAUUAGCCUUUAUUUAUUGAUAUUUGUAAAUUAACACCAUUGAAAGUUGAAACUUAUUAAGUUAUUGCAAGUGAAUAAUAUGCCCACACAAAAUGUGCAUAUUUUCAAAUGAUAUUUGUUUCCAGAGUGUAGUAGUUAUUAUUUUUUUGCCAGAAAUAUAGUGCACUGGGCAGUGAUGAUUACUGUGCUAUAACUUUGUUAAUGCCAAAAACAAUACAAAAUUGUAUUAAAUACUGCGUCAGAAAAGUAAUGUGAUCAAUUUUGACUGGAUAGACCCACACAUAGCUCCGUUGUCUUUCUUAAAUCAAUUUUUAAGGAUCAGAAUACUUAUUUCUGUUGUGAGAGAAAACAAAUAUUAGAAUGUAUGGGGGAGGAAAUCUCUAUUUCUAAACAAGACAUCUGACUUACCUUUUCUCAAAACUUAGUGAAGACUUGGGUAUUCAUUCAGGUUUCCUGUGAGCCAUGUAGAGUCAUUUGUAUCAAUUACAUAAAUGUAUAUUUCAUUGAACUGUCUGAGAAACCUGAUGCCAAGUACAACAAAGUUUUGGUUUCUUUAGCUAGCCAUUUAAUCUGACCAAUGGAAGCGGUCAUGUGUCUGCUGGCUGGAUUACCAAUAAUGCCAUUAGAAGAUGAGCAUUUUGAGUUUUUUAACCUUGGCAAGGUUUUUAAGAUAACAUUGUAUGCUGUACUUAGAGGUCAAGGUAGCUUAUAAUUUGGCCAUUAAUAGAAAUAUGUUCUUUUUUUGUCUCCUUUAUUCCUUGAUACUACAGUGUGGCACUAGAGUUAAACCACAAGAAAUGACUUGUUUUGUGGCAUUUAUUAUGACUGCUUUAUCUCUGCCGCUUGGUUACAUACUUUUGCCUGUCAGUGAUGUCUUAGUUUUUGCACAAAAAUGAAAUGUAGGAUACCCUGGAUUUCAUUUUAUUAUUUUGACUUCCUACUAUGGCAAAUUUUCUUAGAUUACAGCUUUUUAUGUGAAUUCUUAUUUGUAUCAAUUUUUGUUGUAGUGGGCAGUCAUUAAAUUUACAGGUCAAGGAUGUGCUCUUGAAAGUUGGCUUUACACAGGCAUCUCCCUGUCCAUUCCUCCCAAAUCCCCCUUGCAAAGUUGAAAAUAAUUGUAUACGGUUGGAGUUCUGUCAACAGACACUUGUAACAAAUGCUGUGGAUAGUGACCUCCUUCCAGGAUUAUUCUUCUUCUGAUAAAGAUUGAGCCUGGUGAUUAUGUGAAAAUGAUGAUUUUUCAGUCACAGUGACUUGGAAGAAAAAAUCCAAAUACAAUCGCAAACCUCUUCGAAUGGCCACCUCUCUAGGACGGCCAUUUUUUUGGCGGACAGUCCAUACAUUCACUCUUGUUUCAACCUGUCUACAAUGGCCGGCCACUUUCUUCUUUCCCCAAGGUGGCUGUUGUGGAGAGUUUCAUCUGUACUGGCUCCCAACAGGGGUCAAACCUAUGACCUUCUGGUUUAUUGUUACUGGGCCAGAUGCUCUACCACCAAGUUACAACAGACUCAUGAGAUCUAAGGCCUCUAAGCAUUGUAGGUUCAUUCCACAUUCUAGUCCUAGCGCUAUGUGGCAUGUUUGCCACGCAAACCCAGCUUAGUGGCCUUUGCUUCCUUGUGUCUCUUGGAGAUAGUUGUAGAGCAUCAAGCCCCGGGUGUUCAAAAGUUGGAUAGUGCUAUCCACCGAAUAAAUCGCUAUCCAGUGGAUAGGUAUUACAAAACACUGUCACUGACUGGAAAAUCACCAUUAUAUCAAGUCUUUUUCUGUUUCCCAAGGGUGGUGGUGUCUGGUUUACAAGGGCUUAAACUGUUGUGCUUAACUCUGUCUGAUGUUGGCUGUUGAUCUUUCAGGAUGAGUUACUCUAUGCUGACCAGAAAGUUGUCAUUAAAUGCCAUGACAUGGCUCGCUGGCAGGACUCUGGCAUACAGUGGAACAGCGGUAUGAUUCCAUUAUGUGAGAGUGACUUUGUUUGCGUUAACGACAAAUACUAUCUGGACAGCCACUUUGUUGACAAGGAAAGAGAAAGACAGCUUAAAGCAUCAGAAUCUUGGAAAAGUGGCGAUCAACCACGCAGCCUUCAUAUCCUCACAUUUCCAGCCUACUGUCGUUACAGAGCUCUUAAGAAGAGACUCUUGGCUGGUGCUUGUUUAGCAAAAGCUCAACUUGUUGCUUUGGGUGGUGUGCUUGGAAAUCAAACCAGCCAAAGGGUCUUGUUCUGUAGAGAUAGCUUCCACCAUCCUCUCUUGGAUAAAUUUGAACUUGCUGGUGAUAACAAAGGUAUGUACUCUAUAUGUAUGUAUGAAUGUGUAGCCCUGUAUCUUUUGACUGACAUUGUGAAAUUAAAUAUCAAAUCUAAUUUAAGUGAUAAUGCCCUAGUAGUGACAGUGUUCUUGGCAGCCAAACAUUGCUGAAGAACUGAACUGCUGAGAAUAACAACAGAGUGUGAGACAACAGAGAGAAAGACAACGGAGCAAGAACAGGAUUUUUAAAAACUAGCCUCCUUGUGUCGUCACGCAAUGCCCUCCCCACCCCCUAGCAAUCAGAGUUGCAUGACGACACAAGAAAUGGCUGUGUGGGAGACUACAUUUAGACCUGUGACCUAAACAAUCAACCCUUUCCACAAUCAACAGAGCAAGAGCAGGAUUUAAACUAGUCUCCUUGUGUUGUCACACAAUGCUCGCUCUCCCCAUUAGCGUUACGUAACGACACAAAAAAUGGCUGUUAGUGGAGACUACAAUACUCGUCAAAAAUCUUUGAAACAGACACCGUCUCUUUACCUCUCUUUCCACAAUGUUCAGCCACGUGUAUUUAGUAGCACUGAGACGACUGUUAUACCCAAAUCAACAUCAUGGAAGGGGAAACGCGUACGUGUUUCAAGAUUUUUGACGAGUAUUGUAGAUUUAGACCUGUGACCUAAACCAUUGGUCAUUUUGCCUCCCCUGGCCCAUACAUUGCUUACAAUACUUUUCUCUCUUUCAGCACCAGUUCUGAAAGGCAGACCAAGGAAGAAAAAGAACCUCCAUGCAGCACAGAACAGCGUUCUCAAGAAGAAACGACUGGUAGCAGAGACUCAAAAUCAUGUGACAAACGCACCUGCAGCGAAGAGAUGCAAAAUAUCUGAGCAAGAGGAGACUGCAAGAUCGGACAUGUCAGAAAGAGUGCUAGAGAGAAUUAAGGUGCCGCCUGUGUCACCGAGAGCAGUACAAAACAAUGUCCCUCCUCCUCUAGUUAAGCCUAAAGUGCAAGUGCCUUCUGAUGUACCUAAAGCUGUGGUUUCAAAUGCGCCAUUGACCAAUACAAAGGCUCCCCCACCCUUAAUUCCUUCAGACAGGCUAAAGGGUGUUGCUGUGACUACAAAAUUAAGUCACGAGCAAGUUGACGUGAAGGAGAACGAGUGUUCCCGAACCACACCAAUGCAAAAGCAGAUUUACCCCACCGAUGCAAAGCUCAGGAAAACUGAUCAGCUCAAUAACAAUAAUAAAAUCAACAGUGCUUUGCUGGUUAAGUCACAUUUGAGUGAUAGCAUUAAGCCGAGUCUGACAUCUGAUUCUCUCAAAAGUGUGAGUUCGUCAUCAGAGAUAAAAACUGGCAACAUGCUUAAUUCGUCCGUGAGGGACAACCACGGUUCAACUCGCGCGCCUGCAAAAUCUAUUACAAAUACCAGCAGCGCAGAACACCUUAGAACGAGAAUCCCAGGAGUUCAGGCAGAAGCGCUUUCGAGUUCUUCCUCUGCCACCCGACCAGUAGCCUCAACACAGGGAACUGUUGGGACUCAGUUGGCAGUUUCUGUCAGUCCUGCAGUGCGCACUCAACCUGUCGCAUCUUUGUCGCAAACAGUUUCCAGCGAACACACGAUUGGAUCAAAAACGUACCAGCACGUUACUCCUUUAGCAGAGUCUGUUUCAACCUCAGGGAAACCUAAUGACGGCUUGGGUACAGGUGCUGUCAGGGCAAGAGAUAGUAAAGAAAAUGAAGGACGAGAGUUUAGAUUAGCUACAGAAGGGAAAAGAGAAUAUGAAAAAUCGCAAACUGAGGAAGCUGUUGCGUGGAAAAAGAAGAUGAAAAGAUUACGUAUGCCUGGCAAUGUCAAAGAUGAGGUUAGUAUUCUUCGUAAUUGUAGGCAAAUUUAGAAAAGCACAGUUUUUACAGUGGCAACGGCCCUCGUAGAUCUAAAGACCGAAUUAAUCAAUGGCAGAGGGGACAAGUUAACCACCGGAAGUCGCGUUUAGUCCUUUCCCGCACGCUUUCGCUUUCUGACUUGACGCUGCGUAGUCUUUGUUAAAAUUGUUAUGAUCGCGAGCUCGCUUAUUUUCCUUUUCGAAGUUACUCCACGCGUAACUUAUGUGCUCAAGCCGCGUCCCAAUCACUUAUUGUAAUGGCGUUGUUUGCAAACGUGCUGGCUAGGAUGAGAAAGUGAAGAAUUUUAAGGGAAAAGGAGGCCUGCCGGCAGUCAACUGCUGUUAGUGUUCGUGAUACAGCUAUUAGUGUGUAUUAGAUUCUGUCCCAAUACAACGAAUGCGUUCGUAUCAACUGUUAUCGUUCUCUUACAUGCGGUAGAUUUUUAGCGUGACAGGAUGUAAAGUUGGCGCCCCCACUUUCUAAGUUCAAUUGCUUGAUGGCUUGAGACCCAUUAAAAGAAUACCUAUUCUAUAAUUCUCAUUUUAAAGGCAACGAAUCGAACUCGUGCCAUCUUGGUUGUAUUGCUAAAGUCGUUGUUCUAAUGUAUAAACGCCCCACCCCCAACCCUUAGGUCAAUGGAAGUUUUAAAGUGCUUUGUAGUAGUUUUGAGAUGAUUUUGUCAUUGUAACUUUUGCAUCUGUGGACAAAUUCCCAUGGUGUUACCAUUAAAUGGAAACUUCGGCAGAAAAUUUUCAAAGUACUAUUUAAAUCUUAAGAAUUAUGAAAAAAAAACGAAAUGUUGAUUUUUUUAUUUGAAAUUGUUGGUUUGGUCACCAUUCAAAGGAUUAAAAUGACAGUGUGUUUGUACCUAACUAACCCUAGAGAAGGAUAGUGUGGACAGUGUAAAGAUGAGGUUUAUGAGUCAUUAGAAACUUGUAAUUUUGUGUUACGAGGAAAUCAUGAAUAUUAAUUUAAGUUUUUCUUAUUUUUAUAUCAAUUUUGAAUAAUACAGGAGUAUGAAGAUGAGGACGAGAAGUACUUCAUGCAAACUCUGCGAGACUUCAUGAGAAAAAAUAACCAGCCACUGGGAAAGCUGCCCGCACUUGGCUUCAAAAAAGGUAAAGAGGCGAUUACCAAUAGAUUUGACAAGUCUCUAAUUAGACUGCCUCAAUCUUGUUUCAUUUCUUUGCAUAGAUAUCAAUCAUCACAUCUCAUCCGCGGCCGAAAAAUUGACUGCUGUUAUCGUGUUAACCACAAAGAGGUUAGCUGCGAGCAAGCUCUCCACGGCGCUCCGGCGCCCCACUGCCAGAGCGCCCCGGAGAACUUGCUCGCAGGCUACAAGAAGGUUAGCAAGAUAACAAAUAUUGUUUGACUUGAUUGGUGGGCUCCGUCGCUAUCGACGGAAGAGAAGUAGGAAGAAGGAUAGUAGAAUUCCUCCUUUCUCUCUUGUCUUUUCCUUCUCCACAUUUUUUUCACCGCUCAUAAUCUUGAGCCUCGAGCAGAGCGCUUAAUUUAUCGGGAGAGGCAGAAUACGGUACUUUGUCAAGUUUCUAACCAGGUGUCCCUUACGAAAGUUUUACUCUUGCCAUCUCAUUUCUAACUGUUAUAGAUUAAGAAAUACACAGUUGCCGCCCUCAGGCCAAAGCGUAGAUAGUCUCAAUGGAGAGGAGGACUUAGUUGUUUGAGUUCAAUAGUUCUUAGAGAGAUAGAUAGUCAGCCUUCCACCAGUCAUAGUUUGUAAUUGUUUUUUCUCUUUGCAGUGAAUCUGUGGACAAUGUACAACACUGCCCAGAGAUUUGGAGGAUAUGAUGCGGUGAGUAUACUAUUACUUGCUUAUUUAAAAGGGUGUGAUGUCGUGCGACAGACAACCUAGCGCUACUUUCAUUUACGUCAAGCCCAUGCGUUCCCCUAGCCCCCCCCCCCCCCCACUUAUUUUUAGACCAAACCGAAGGACCGAAUUUUUUUUUUUUGGAGACCGGGUCUCCUUAUCUGAAGGUCUGGAUCCACUACUGUGAUUUUAUUGCUUUCUACACACUUUACUCUCUGACACUACACAGUUACUGCUCUUUAUCUAUUCCUUGAAGACCUAUGAGCGAUUAACAUCAAUUUUCUCCAAUCAAUAUCAAGGUAUAAUCAAGAGGAAAGGUUAGGAGAAAGACGAUCACCUUAGGGAAAAUGUUUUCUUGAAGGAAAUGUAGGGAGAUCAUUCUGGAGAAUUUCUGAGGGAAUAUUCGGUCUUGAAGGAUUAACUCAAGAGUUAUUUUAUUUUCCCAGGUAACAAGCAAGCGUUUGUGGCGUCGCGUUUACGAUUCGCUUGGAGGCAGUGCGACGAUUACAAGUGCUGCCACAUACACCAGAAGACACUAUGAAAGGUAAAACCAUGGGCAUACUCAACAAUACAUACCUUAAUAGGCCAUUUCCGAGUCGCCUCAAGCCUCUGUUUCAUAGCGAAGUUAAGUAAAAAGCCAUUCCAUUUGAUAUGAAAAUGGUUUUUUUAUCCUCAUGCAAAUGAAACUCAUUUUCACAAGAAAGGUUUUGCUCUUGGCCUUUUUUUGAAAGUGAGAGUUUUUGAAACUAGGAAAUGGCCCAUUACCACAAUAAUAUAUACUGCCGUUUUUUCAGUUACUGCACGGUAAUUGCGCAGCUGCAUCCGUAGUUUACAAGCAAGUAUCUAUCGUAAUCAAGCUAAUGUUCUGUUAAGUGGACAUAAUUCUAUUUUGUUCAUUUUCUGAAAUGCACGAUUUUCCCGCAGGGGUAUUCUUAACGACCGUAUGGUAUCUAAGAAGAAGGCAAAGACAAUCGUCCUCCGUUAAAACGUGGACGUUUGGAAAUUUCACGCUGUAGUCGUGCAGUGAUGGGAAUGAGAAACAGAAAGUGACGUAAAGUCAUAGAACAGUCAUUUCUUUUCUUUUUUACCUUCUCAUAGCCUUCGCCGUCGUGAUUGCAUAAGCUCCCUACUUCUUUAGUACGUGUGGCAUGUCUAUUCACUGCAGUGAGUUAUAUAGUUUAUAUUUGUUUUUUAUCAUUCACGUUUGUAGGCUGCUGUUACCGUAUGAGAGACACAUACGAAGCCAACUCAAGAAACAGAUCGAUGAGAAAAAACCCACCCCGGUGAAGAAGCCUGCUGCAAAAGAGGCUCCAAACAAAGUGGAGAAGAAGGAAGGACUUACUGUAUCCGCUAACAGCACCCCAAAGCCUAGCCUGUGCCCUAAUACGGACAAAGCAGCUACAAUGAAGCAGACUGAAGGAGGUAACGUAGCUAAAAUCCAGCGGAGUAACGCAGUUGUAUCUUCACCACCAGUAUCUCAUGUAAAGGUCAGCGUCCCUUCUGAUGCAAAAGAGACGGCUGUGAAAACAACGGAUUCAGUUCACCCAGUGCUUGCUGUUACAACAUCGGUCACCAGCAAACCACAUGAAGUCCCUAUCAGCUCUAUUAAACAUCACGAACCCACAACGCGAAAAGACGAGGUAAAGGUCACGGCAUCGCAACCUUUAGCCUUACGAACGACUAAAAGAGACGUGAUUCCAUCAGAACAGUUUCAGGCAGCCUCUAAUCAACAGGUCUCCAACUAUCAAGUGACAAUGACGAGCAACGAGGAAGCCUGUGCAAGGACCAAUACAAUCUACACCAAGAACGCAGCUGCUGUGGGUGGCAACUCAAACCAACCUCAUCAUGGUGCUGCUCUUCAGAGGGUGGCACAUGAUGGAACCCCCCUGUCCUCGCAGCCCAAGAAGAUAAUUACUCCAGGAAGAGGAAGAGAAAUAAUCGACUUGACAUCUGAGGAUAGCCCUGCUCAGUCACAGGCGCGCAGUCAGUCUCUAUCUCAUGUUCAGCCUCCCCAGGCCAACCCUCUGGAAAAACCUCAAGUUUCAAGGCUAGUUAGUGAAAGAGACACUGAUGGAGGAAGACGGCACGCGUCGAAAUCACACUUAAGGAAAGAAUUCAACGAUGGCAGUUUGAGGUAUCAGUUGAACAGUGACGUUCAGUGUAGUAGAGAGAUGUCAACCGUCUGUGACAAGCAAGUCUACAGUAGUAAAUCUCAAUUGAAACCCAAAAUACCAACCAGUUCUGCAGUAACGUGGGUUGACAGCAUGGAAAGACGAUAUGCUCAUUCGCCCUCAUCAGACAGUGUUGAUGAGCAUUUUGCAGAGUGGCGUCGAAGGCAGACUAACAUUCCAGCGCAGAAUGUCAGCCAUCAAAGAGAGCCAGGUAAUCCCGAGAGGAGCAUGCUCAGAUACAAUUACAUUAAAGAAGAAAUCUGUCCUCCAGACUGCUCCUGUUUACUGUCAACGAGUAGAAAAAAUGACAUCUCGUCGUUGCCUCCUCCUCCAAAACCAAAGAAAGAACACUACGAGGAAGACGUGCCUUUCCCUGGCAUGACACUCUACCCUGGAAGAUGGAGCCCAACCAUGAUAGCAGCUGAUCAUCCUGAUCUUUACUUCUCGUCACAUCCACCUCAUCUGCCAUCACCACAAGACACGCUAGCGAGUCACAUGUGCACUGCAUCAAGGAUCUUCAUUCCAACAGCCCAGAUCUUUAGUCCCCCUUACCACUUAGGCUUGCCUCCAAUGGGGGGCGCUCCACUAAUUACCGGAACUGAUGAUCAGCUACACAUUCACCCACACCUUUUGAUGGGAUCUUCGUACCCCUGCACGUCAAACGCAAGAACGCCAGACGGUACACCGUAUUUGUACUCCUUCACUUAAAGAAUUGAUCUACAGCUAAUCUCUGUUCACUGCAGUGCUAGAUCCAGAC